AUGACCUCCAGUCAAGACAUGAAGGCGGGCUCCGCGUUGCAGUCGGGCGGCGAGGACAGGCGACGACCCCCUCUGGACCGACUUCCCCCGCCGGCCAACUCCAACAAGCCGUUGACGCCUUUCAGUAUCGAGGACAUCCUCAGCAAGCCCUCGCUUAAGAAAUCUGCCACAGCUGCCGCCGUCGUAGCGUCGAGCCUCUGCCCGAACAGGCCGAGGGUCUUGGAGAAGGUGGCCGCCGCCAACGCGGCUAGGAACGGCAUCUGUACGCCGUCGUCGCCGCUGUGCGCGCUGGAGGAGUUGGCCAGCAAGACGUUCAAGGGCUUGGAGGUCAACGUCAUACAGGCCGCAGAAGGACGCGAGCACGUGAAUGCGUUCGGCCAGAGGCAGGCGUCGAAGAAGCGACGGAAGUCCCGCACGGCCUUCACCAACCAUCAAAUAUACGAGCUGGAGAAGCGUUUCCUCUACCAGAAGUACUUGUCUCCUGCCGACCGGGACCAGAUCGCCGGCCAGCUGGGUCUGUCCAACGCGCAGGUCAUCACGUGGUUCCAGAACCGGCGCGCCAAGCUUAAGCGCGACUUGGAGGAGAUGAAGGCAGACGUGGAGUCUCUGAAGAAGAUCACGCCGCAGACGCUCCACAAACUCGUCGCCAUGCAAGACGACGUCGACCGCGAGGCUGCGGUGGGUGGCCGAGGCGGCGCGGGAGGAGAGGCCGGAGAAGGGAGCUCUCCGGGCGGAUCCCCGGCCAGGAGCGCCCCCUCCUCACACCGGAUCUUCCCCCAGUCUCCCUCUUCGUCGCGCGGGCAGACCACCGAUGAGUUCUCGGAGGACGACGAGGAGAUCGAAGUGGAUGAUUGA